AUGGGCUACCAACCAACCAACUACGCCAUUGACAGGAUUUUUAGGAAAGCCCUGCGUGAAGAGGACAGUAUUGGGCUUGCACCCAGAUGCAGGUUGACUGAGUUCGACUAUGCCGAUGAUAUCGCUUUAAGCUUUAGCGAUCUACAGUCUAUGGUGUCAUGGGCGAACGAGGUCGCUAAAUCGGUCAGUUUGUCCAUAAACACUGAGAAUCCCAAGGUGAUCUCAUUCUCCAUCUCGGUCCAAGAGAAGGCACCCCUCGAGAUUAAUGGCUGUCAGCUUGAAGUAGACACUUCAAAAUAUCUCGGAGCGAAUUGA